AUGGAUUUCUUCUUCACUUCCCACUCCACCACCAUUUCUCUCUCCAUAAUUGCCUUAGCCUCGCUCGUCUUCCUCUACUUCCUCUUCCGAACAAUCUCGUCGCCCAGCAAGGACCAUGACCAUGAAGAAGCAGCACCACCGCCGGAGCAGGCCAGCGGCGCGUGGCCCGUAAUCGGCCACCUCCACAUCCUCAGCGGACCGAGCCCGCCACACAAAGUACUGGGCCGAAUGGCCGAAAACCACGGCCCAAUCUUCACGAUCCGUAUGGGUGUUCACCCGGCCCUAGUCGUCAGCAACUGGGAGACCGCCAAGGAGUGUCUGACCACCCUCGACCGGGUCUUCGCUGACCGACCCGAAACCCUCGCCACGCAUAUUCUCGGGUACGACCGGUCCAUGUUCGGGUUCAGCCCGUACGGUCCUUACUGGCGACAAAUCCGGAAGAUCGCCACGUUGGAGCUUCUCUCCUCGCACCGCCUCGAUCUGCUCAAACACGUGCGGGAAUCCGAGGUCCAAGUCGCGACAAAAGAGCUGUAUUCCUACUGGACCAAAAACGAGGCGAACGGCAGCGUUUUGAUUGAGUUGACUGGCUGGUUCGAGGAGAUAACGUUGAACGUUAUCCUGAAGAUGAUUGUGGGGAAAUCCGUCGGGUACUUGACGGGAGGAGAGGACGGCGUCAGAUUGAGGAGAACGUUCAUGGAUUUCUUCGAUCUGUCGGGAAGGUUCGUGGUGGCGGACGGUUUGCCGUUUCUGCGGUGGCUGGACGUCGGAGGGUUCGAGAAGGCGAUGAGGAGGACGGCGGAGGAGAUGGAGGCUGUGGUCGGGGAGUGGCUUAGGGAGCAUAAGGCGAGAAGAGGUUCCCGCGGCGGCGGUGAGAAGGCGGCGGCGGCGGCGGAGGACUUUAUGGAUGUCAUAUUGAACGUGGUCGGGGAGGAAGGGGGAAUCGAGGGUCGGGAUUCGGAUACGGUCAAUAAAGCUACUUGUCUGGCUCUCACCCUAGCUGCGUCAGACACGACCGCAGUGACAAUGACCUGGCUCAUAGCCUUACUCGUCAACCACCCCGAAGUGUUGAAAACAGCCCAAUCCGAGCUGGACAGCCACGUCGGCAAGGAACGUCGAGUUCAAGAGUCCGACCUCCGCCACCUUGACUACCUCAAAGCCAUCGUCAAGGAAACCCUCCGCUUGUACCCUGCCGCGCCACUCUCCGUGCCCCACCAAUCGACGGAAGAUUGCACCGUGGCCGGCCGGUUCGUCCGCAAGGGAACCCGGCUCAUCGUCAACUUGUCAAAGAUCCAGCGAGACCCGAGGGUCUGGUCGGACCCAGACGAGUUUCGACCGGACCGGUUCCUCACGACUCAUAAGGAUGUUGAUCUGAGGGGACAGGAUUUCGAGCUGAUCCCCUUUGGCAGCGGGAGGAGGAUGUGCCCUGGCGUGAAUUUCGCCAUGCAGGUUAUGCACUUGACCGUUGCUACGCUGUUGCAUGGGUUUGAUUUCUCGAGGACGACGGUACAACCGGUUGAUAUGACGGAGAGUAUUGGGCUGACCAAUCCCAGGGCUUCUCCGUUGGAUGUUCAAUUGGCUCCUCGCCUGCCUGCUCAUUUGUAUGGGUAAAAAAUGAAACAUACGUGUAUGUUAUAGUCUUGUACUCUCCACGUAAAUGUGGUUGAGAUACCCUACGACAAUGGUACCAAUAAAGGUCGCCUCUAGCUUUUCUCAUCUGUAUAGCACGACGCAAUUAUGAAUAUAUAUAUCGAUGAAAU